AUGAAUGAAGAAAUAAAAAGAAAAAGAAAUCAACAACACAGAGAAGAAACUAAUGAAAGGAUGAAUAGAACGAUAUUAUUUAUGGUAUCAUUGUGGAGAAUGAAUGGAUACAAAUGUUCAAUAAGAAAAUCCAAAAGAAUAAGUAAAAAGGAAUACCGAUAUCCAAAAGUUUAUUUAGAAAAAGUGAUAUAUGAAAAAAGAAAUAUUGAAGAAGAAGCGAAAAAGUAUAUAACAAAAGGAAUUAAAGGAAGAUUUUAUGAAAUAACGAUACAAAAUGGGAAAAUGGAAAUAAUGAAAGAAAUAUUAGAAAAAAAAGGAUAUCAAUUUCAAUUAAUAAAAAGUAAAAAAACAGCAAAUAAAAAAUAUAUGUUUAGAAAUAUUGAAGAAUGUAUAAAAGAAGGAGAAAAAAUAGAUAUUGAAAAAUGUAUUGAAAUGCUGAUAGAUGAAAUGAAUAAAAUCAAUGAAAUAAAUAAAAAAGAAGUUGAGUUAGGAGAAGGAUUUAUGGAAAUAGAAGAAAACUAA